AAGAGAGAGGGAUAAUUUAGUCACAUGUCCUAUAUAUUUCUUUAUCUUGAAGAAUGUCAAGGAUGUUCAGUUAGUCUGGAUAGAGUGAAGAACCUGCUUAACUCAAACCCUGAGCUUAUUGGACAUAUAUAUAUAUAUAUAUAUAUAUAUAUAAAUAGCGUGUUAGCCUAGACAAAACCAAAACUCAGUUUGACGUUACUAUGGACAGUGGUCAGGACUGAGGAUUUAAAGACUUGAUGUGUUUCUUACUGGUGUGAGAGGCACUGUGGUGGUCAGUUUGCAGACAAACCUGAAGUAAACUGAAGAUGAGGGACAUGAUGUGGACUUAUGCCACCAUUCUCUUCUUGUUGUCUGAAGCGAGGAGCAUGAAUCCAGGAACUAAUCAAAACACGUCUGUGAACUCCAACACUUCUUCUACUAAAUAUUUCGUGGUCAGAAAUGUAACUUUCAACCUGGGGAGUGAAGUUAACCUGACAUGCGGCAAUAAGACAUGGACUGACAUGUUGUAUAUUGUCUGGAAUAUAGACUUACAUUACAGAAAUAGGCUUUGUUUGAUAGGCUUUCGCAAUUACGAUGGCCGAAACACCUGCAAGAAUGGCAAGUCACUUCGAAACACAUCCAGCGCUCAGUCAUAUCUGCGCAUCCAAAACUUCUCGGAAAAUGACGUUGGGCUCUACAUGUGUGAAUCUGUUUACAGAGGAGGAGCAGAAAAUUAUGAGAUCCACGUUGGUAUCACCGUUCCUCCCAAUAUAUCAGCCUGGUUAGAGAGUAAGGACAACAAGAUGGUGGCAGUGUGCACAGCUCAAGGAAGAAAACCUGCUGCCAACAUCAGCUGGAGUCAUAUGGGAAAUUCAUCGAUUGUGAAAACAAUGAUUGGCUCGGAAGAUAUUUUUAUAGAAAGUCGUCUGGAGCUCCUGGAGGGAAUGGAUACAGAAAACCUGAGCUGUAUUAUCAGGCACCCGUUCUGGAAAGACGAACAGAUUUUGGUACCAAAACUCAAAAAAGGUUUUGUUCCUUGGCUGUACAUCCUUACUGUUGUGGUUAUCAUUAUGUUAUUGGCAGGAGUUUUAUUUUAUGCACAAAAGAAACUAAUAACAUUGAGGCGAUGCAAGCAGUCCGAAACAUCACCAUCCAAAUCUCCACCGACAGAGGAUAUGGAGGAAGUGGAGCCCUACGCCAGCUAUGUUCAACGUGUGAACUCUAUCUAUAACUCAUCUGUAGAAUUGUUCACAUGAAAUCCAGCACAUGCAUCACACUCACACACUAAAUGCACAUGGCUCUUUGUGAGGAAACAGAAGGCUGUGAAACCGAGAAAAGGUGAAAUAGUGAAGAGAGGGGUAAGGUGAGAUGAAAGAUUUCCGAUAACAGGAAGGCCACUCAGUUUAAUUCUGAAGAUCAGGGGAUGUACUUGAUGUCACACAUGCCGUUACGCUGUGUGUAUGUGCCAUGGAGAACAUUAUUAAUAAGUACUAAUGCACACCAAGCUACAGAGCUUUUGAUUUUGUCUCGAGUGCAAUUAUAUGAUCAUUUUAUUAUUAUGACACAUAUUUAUAGAUGCUCACCUUUUGGUGGAUUCUUGCCUCAAGACAAUGUGGACAAUAAUAUGUUUGUAAAGUAUUCUGUUCUAAAUCAUCGUUUUGUAAUGCAUGCAAUAAACACAUUUCUGAACA